AUGCGCUACGGACGGCCUAUCUCGUCUAUCUUCCCUUCUCGUCGACCGUCGACCGACUCUUGCGUCUCCGGCCUCGAAGUCCCCGACACUCAGCCGACUCGAGAGCGACCUCUGCGGGAACAGAUGAGUGGCUCGUCACUGUCGCGCCGGGACGCCCCCGCUGUCCUGGCUGAGGAAGACGAGGAAGGCGGCAAGACGCCCGUGAUCCCGUCUCUUGGGACUCCGAAGGUCGGGUCAGCGCAGAUGGAUGCGUUAGUAGACGGGUUGCAGAAGCGGAGCGGCGGAAUGGAGCGUAGAGGGAGGCCGAGGUCGCCGUCUCAUGCGGGUGAUGCGAGCGGAUGGAAGAUGGGCGGCACCGGCUCAGCGUCUCCCAUUGCAGACGCUCGCACGCCAGUCGACCUCUUCUCGCCUGGAGCGACGCCUGCACUAGCCCCCUACGACGAUACCUCAGCUUUCGAGCGCGCAAAGCGCCGACUCGACCAGUCCGGCGCUCCAGAUGCGAUUCGACAAGAAUCGCUUCGGGCUGUCGAACGUCGACCGUGGAUGGUCGUCCAGCCUGAUGGGUCUGUUAGGACGGAUCUCGAGAUUGUCGAGGCGUAUCGCGAGAAGGUUGGAGCGAGGCGGAAGUCGAGCGUCUCGCCUGGUGCUGAGGAGAGGAGAGCGCACGCCAAGUCGCCGCUUUCCCCAGCGACGGCAACCGACGACGCACUCUCGGUACCUCCGCCUCUCCCGCCCAAGUCGCCUCCUCGCCCUCUCAAGCUCAGCCCUCCACCACGUAAGGACCCCUCGCCGACCAACCGCCAGGCCUCGCUCCCCUACGUUCCCUUCCCCUCCUCUCCCAUCGCAGCCACUUCAGCCGACUCACACUCGCGCGCCAAGACGAUCGAGGAGAUCAUUGCGGAACAUGCGCCGACUUCGUACCUCGACAAGCGCAAGUCGCUUGCUGUGCCCUCGUCGCCGUCGCCUUCGCCCACUCCGCCAGCCCGCAGUAACACAAUCGAUGCCGAGCUGCCUCGGGCGCUGGAUAAGAAGGACAGCGUUGAUUCGCUCGCGGCAGAGAUUGAGGCCGCGGGACUUGCGCAUGCUAAGCUUGUCCAGGCAGAGGCGGAGGACAGCCGGACGCCUAGAGCGCCGCAAAUUGCGAACGGCUUCCAUGAGUCAGCGAGUGGCGCAGUGUACGACGCCUUCCCGACGAACGACAGGUCUUUCACACCGGCUUCGACCGCUUCGACCGCGGACUCGCCGUACAACGCUCGUAUCGCGUCACCGCAGCCUGUCACUGAGUCGGAAACCCUCGCAACGGAGCGCGAGCUGGCCCGGCUGCUCAAGUCUCCACGCCUGACGCGAAUCAUUACCCUUCGCCAGCCUCCCAACGCCGGCCUGUCCGUCUCCAUCGCCGACGUCGGCGACCCCUCCGGCCACCCAGUCCUCGUCUUCCUCGGCCUGGGGUCCGUGCGAUAUCUCGUCGCCUUGUACGACGAGAUUGCCGAAGCGCUCGGUCUGCGGCUGCUGUGCUUCGACCGAUGGGGACUGGGCAAGACGAGCGAUAUUUCUGAUUCGCAGCGGGGGUUCGUCGAGUGGGCUUCGGUCGUGGCGGAACUCGUUUCAGCCAACCACCUUAACCUCUCGACUUUCUCCAUCCUCGCGCAUUCGGCCGGCGCACCUUACGCCGUCGCUUCCUCACUCCAUCCCUCGAUUUCACCCAAAGUCCGCGGCUCGCUCCACCUCCUCGCGCCAUGGGUCUCUUCCUCAGCCGACUCGCUCGCUGGCGCGUACAAGUACCUCAGGUACGUUCCUUCGAGCGUAUUGCGCACUGCGCAGGCGGCAGAGUGGAAGGUCCAUGGGUGGAGGCUGGGCGCUCCACCGACGCUGGUGCACUCGCCGGUUGGGUACGACGCGAGGAGCGGGAGGAUGGUGGAGGAGGCGGAGGGACGAGUGCCUGUCUCGCCGCGGGAGUCGCCUGGGUUGCUCAGUCCGGACGGACAGCUCGUGACGAGGCGCGGGUCGAAAGGCGUGAUGGGCGGCUUGGGCGGUCUCUUCAGCGGGGGCGACCGAGGGUCUCCCUCGCGCGCGCGGACUCUCGACUCGCCUUUGCCCACAAGCGACCGCCGUUCCUCGCUGCGACCCGUCUCGUUCUUCGGUCGUCGUACGUCCGACAUUGGCUCGAGCCCGAAGUCGCCUACCUCGGGCGGAUUGGCACCUCCAAGUCCGUCGACUCCAGUCCGCCGUCACUCGUUCUUCUCGUCGCCCAAAUCGACGCUCUCUCCGCCCGCGACUCCCCUGCGACCCGAUUCGCCUUCACCGCACUCUCUCCGCCCACUCUCGCCGCACUCGCCCACUCAUGCAUCCUUCACCGCCUCAACUUCCUCCCUGGCUUCACGCACCACGCCUUCCCCCGCUCUCUCCGACUCUCCACGCCCCGCCAUCCCUCCAGCCGCAUUGAUCGACGGCCUCCUCCGCGCCUCACACGCCGAGUCCCUCCGCGGGUCAACAGCGGACUUGCUCGUCCUCCUUGAACGGACGUCGCCCUCAUCCGCCUCUUCCUCUUCUUCGCUGCCAGGGCAAGGUCAACUCGGAUUCAGCUACGCAGACGUCCCGCAUCGGAUGAAGGUCUGGUACGGCGAGAAAGACGACCGGAUCAGCGAGGCGAGCGUAAGGUGGUUGCAGAGGGAGGUCGAAGGGAGGUGCGAGGUGAGGGUUGUGCAGGGGGCGGGGCAUGGGUUGAUGACGAACAGCAAAGUCAUGCUCGAGGUGCUCGAGAGUAUCGCAGCCGAAGCGAGAACGACGCCUUGA